AGGCUGAUAGUCCACAGUGCAGGUUGUGAUGCUCGAGGCUGGGAGCCAGGGAGAGAUUAUGGUAACUUCCCACACCACCAAGGUACAUGGUUUUUGACCUGGUGAAGUUAGCCUAUGCUGCUUCCUAGACACUACUAACAAAAUCUUUUUCCAUAAAGGUCAUCAAGAGUGACUAGAUGUUAACGAACCAACCGCCACAAGAAGUGCCGGAGCACUAACUUUGCGAUUGGCCCUUUAGAAAUUCUCUCCUGGCGCAUGCGCGUCACCUGCUUCCGGCCGAGGAGCGCGGUGUACCUGCCUUUCCAGCCCGAGUGGAAUUCCUACCCCACUUUCCUCGGCCUCUAUUCGUCUGUGUGCAAUGGCUCCGGACUCAGGCCCCUUUCCCGAAGGGCCGCCCUUAAAGCUGCUACCCUUGGACCCUAAAGACCGGGGCACCCAACGCUGUCGCCUGGGCCCGGCAGCCCUCCGCACCUUGGGCGCACACUUGGGCUCCGCAGUGAAGAUCUCGCUGCCUGACGGCAGCUCCUGCCUCUGCACCGCCUGGCCGCGGCGGGACGGAGCGGACGGCUUUGUGCAGCUGGAUGCGCAGUGCGCGAGCCCUGGGGCGGCAGUGAGGGCGCCGGGACCCGCGGGAAGUCUCAGGCUAAGUAAUCUCUCCUUGGUGCCCUGCCCGUGCCUUCGGCGCCUCACCGUGUGGCCAGUGUUGCGGGAGCAGGCGGGCGCGCCCGGGGCCCCUCAUCCAGCCGCGGUGCUGGAGGCGGCCCAGGAGCUGCUGAGGAACCGGCCAGUCUCCCGGGGCCACGUGGUGGCUGCUCCGCCGGGCUUCCCGGGCCCCGUGGCCGCACUGCACAUCGUCUGCGGGGCGCCGAGCCCGGAUCCGGCCGGCCUGGUCACCUCUUGCACCCACAUCGGCCUCAGCGGGGUGCCCCCGUCAGAAGCCAAGCCGCAGCCGGAGGUGCCCUUGGGGGGCCUUUCAGAGGCUGCAGACUCGCUGCGGGAGCUCCUCCACCUGCCGCUCCGUUACCCCCGCGCCUUGGCCGCGCUGGGGCUAGCAGUGCCCCGCGGGGUGCUCCUGGCAGGCCCGCCCGGAGUGGGCAAGACCCAGCUGGUGCGCGCCGUGGUCCGGGAGGCGGGAGCGGAGCUGCUGGCAGUGAGCGCCCCCGCGCUUCAGGGCGCCCGGCCCGGGGAGACCGAGGAGAACGUGCGGCGGGUCUUCCAGCGCGCCCAAGAGUUGGCCGGCCGCAGGCCCACCCUCCUCUUCCUGGAUGAGGUGGACGCCCUGUGUCCUCGGCGGGGCGGCCCACACAGAGCCCCCGAGAGCCGCGUGGUGGCCCAGAUGUUGACGCUGCUAGACGGCAUCAGUGGGGACCGCGAGGUGGUGGCUGUGGGAGCCACCAACCGGCCGGACGCACUCGAUCCGGCGCUGCGCAGGCCCGGGAGAUUUGACCGAGAGGUUGUCAUUGGGACCCCUACACUUAAACAAAGAAAGGCCAUACUGCAAGUGACUACCUCAAAGAUGCCCAUCUCCGAUCAAGUCAGUUUGAGCCUCCUUGCAGAAAUGACCAUUGGCUAUGUUGGCGCAGACCUGACCGCGCUCUGUAGGGAGGCUGCCAUGCAUGCACUGCUUCAUAGUGAGAAGAACCAGGGCAGUCCAGUGAUUGAUGAAACAGACUUCCUUGAAGCUUUUAAAAAGAUUCAACCCUCAUCAUUUCGAAGUGUCAUUGGACUGAUGGAUAUCAAGCCUGUUGGGUGGGAGCAGAUUGGUGGCCUUGAAGAUGUAAAACUGAGGUUAAAACAGAGCGUUGAAUGGCCUCUGAAAUACCCACAGGAAUUUGUCAGGAUGGGCCUGACACAACCAAAGGGCAUUCUCCUGUAUGGCCCCCCGGGAUGUGCUAAAACCACCCUGGUGAGGGCCCUGGCCACCAGCUGUCAUUGCUCUUUCGUUUCAGUGAGUGGAGCUGACCUCUUUUCACCUUUCGUUGGAGAUUCAGAAAGAGUCUUGUCUCAGGUGUUUCGACAAGCAAGAGCAAAUACUCCAGCAAUCGUGUUUCUGGAUGAAAUUGAUUCAUUCUUGGGUUCUCGGUCCAUUGGCAAAACAGGAUGUAAUGUUCAAGAGCGUGUUCUUUCUGUGCUCCUGAAUGAGUUAGAUGGUGUUGGGCUGAAGACCAUAGAGAGAAGAGGAAGUAAAUCAGAUCAACAGGAGUUUGAAGAAGUUUUUAAUCAAAAUGUCAUGAUUGUUGCAGCAACAAAUAGGCCUGAUGCUUUAGAUGAUGCCUUGUUACGACCUGGAAGGUUAGAUAAGAUUAUUUAUAUUCCACCUCCAAAUGAAAAGGGCAGGCUUUCUAUUUUGAAAAUCUACACCAAAACCAUGCCAGUGGGGCCUGAUGUUUCCUUAGAAAACCUAGCAGCGGAAACUUGUUUUUUCUCUGGAGCUGAUCUUGGAAACCUCUGCAGGGAAGCUGCCUUGCUGGCUCUGCAAGAAAACGGACUAGAAGCAACCACAGUGAAACAAGAGCAUUUUUUAAAAUCACUUAUGAUUGUAAAGCCAUCCUUAAGUCAAAGGCACUUGACUUUAUAUGAAAACUUAUUUCAGAAGCAAGGAUUUUCUAACUUAGAGGAUAUUUAAAAGUUACUUUACAUCCUGCUCAAGGAUUAAUUAAAAUCUGAACUUGUCCUAUAGUUUACAACGUCACACUUUGAAAGUUUCUGUGUAUUAUUUCCUGUAAAUAAAAGAACUUGGACUCGAUAAGCUAACAUUUAUCUUAUUUUUAAAAAGCAUGUUAAAAUAUCAUAAUUUAGGAGGAAAGUAUAUGUAAGUGUGUUGAUUUUGUAGUGGGGGUGGUGGUUGCUUUUUGGCUAAAUGCUUUUUAUAAACUUUAUUUUGAAAUAACUUCAUACUUAGAAUUGCAAGAAUAGUACAAAGAACUCUUACAUACUCUUAACCCAGAUUCAUCAGUUUUUAACAUUCUGUUUUAUUGCUUUCUCUCCCUCACUUUAUACAUGCACACACAAAGUAUUUUCUGAACUAUUUAAGAAUAGACUUUAUACCUCAUGCCCCUUUAUAGCUUUAAUACCUAAGUGUGUAUUUCUUACAGAUGUGGUUGUUUUCUUAUGUAAUCAUAGUGUAGUUAUCAAACAGGAAAUUUAACAUUCAUAAAAUAUUUUAAUUUAUCAAAUGAAUUUCAUCCAUGGUCCCAACUAAUUCUUUUCCAGGUACAGGAUCCAGUCUAGGGUUACACAUUUCAUUUAAUCUCCUUAAAUUUGAAACAGUUCCUCAAUCUUUGUUGAUCUUGAUUUUUAAGAGUACGGAACAAUGAUUUUAUAGAAAAUAGGUUUCUGAUGUGUGUUUGAUAUUGUAGCAUGAUAGAUUCAGGUUAUGCAUCAGCAAUAGAGCACAACAUAAAUGCUGUUGGUUCUUAGAGGUCACAGCUGAAGGUACAUGAGUAUGUAUGAUACUGAUGAUGUUAAUUUUGAUUACUUAGUUAUAUUGUCCAGUUUCUCCACUGUAUAGCUACCAUUUUUCCUAUUAUAAUUACAAGUAAUUUUUAAGGCUAUAGAUUACAUAUUUUGAAGAUAAUGCUUUAAUAUAUAUAUUUAAAUCUCUUAAAGGGCUAUUGAAAAUUUAAGAGAUAUUUGUGUUUUUAUUUUCCUUUAUUGCAAAAUAAUUAGAAUGCUAAAAAAUACAGAUAAACACAAAAAAUAUUUGGUAUCUGGUUCCAGUCCCUUAUGUAUGUGUAGAUAAUUCUCUAAAACUAAUAAAGAAAAGGUACUAUGUAACUCGA